AUGGGUACGGAACAUGAACAUUGUCGAAGCAACACACUCACGAAUUACAGGCCACCGCCUGUAUCACCAGUGGGCUCGAUACAUCGCGAAUUUGGCUUCAUACAGCAUACUCUACCACUGCCAGAAGUGCCCGAGCAUUCUGACCUCGAAGGGCUCAAUCUGAACAUAACCGUCCCAGUCAGCCAAGAUGGGAAACUCAAGAGCAGCACCAAGUUACCAGUCUACGUUUUUAUUCAUGGUGGUGGCUUUGCCGUAGGUUCGUCAUGGUAUCCGCAAUACAAUCCCGCUUCAAUCGUGAAGCUGUCAGCCAAGCUCGGGAAACCCAUCAUCGGUGUCACAGUCAACUACCGACUUGGGGCUGCGGGUUACAUGACUUCCAAAGAAUUGCGCGAUGCAGGGUACAAGGCCAAUAAUGGCUUCCACGACCAGCGCACCGCAUUGCGCUGGAUUCGAAAGAAUAUUGCAGGCUUUGGUGGAGACCCAGAUGAGAUCACAACAGUUGGCGAAAGUGCUGGAGGGUUAUCCGUGACCAUGUUCCUAUGCUCCAAGGAACCCAUAAUGAAGCGUUGCCUCAGCACUGGCGGUGCUGUGUUGCUUUUCGCGCCUUUGCCGCUUGAAGCAGCGGAAGAAUCUUACAACACCAUUGUCAAAGCUCUCGGCCUUUCCGACAAAUCACCCGAGGAACGUAUUCAGGCACUCCUCAGUAUACCACAAGAUGACCUGUGGCAAAAAGUCCCCAUGGGCGCACCACUCCUCCCAACAAUCGACGGUGGCGUAACAGUCCCCGGCAGCCCAGACUUCGUCACCAUCUCAUCUCUCGAAGAUAGCGAGAGAUUCCCCAUGCCCGGCCGAAAGUGGUGUGAGUCUCUCAUGAUCGGUGAAUCGAAACUCGACGCCAAUAUCCUCGCAUACAUGGGCAUGGACAGCCGGAAUCCAGGCAUCGCACAAAAGUUCGUUGAUUCAGUCAACAAGACACUUUCCUCGCAUCCCGAAGCCGCAAAGCAGUUGCUCUCAUCCUACAACAUCACGCCCUCGACCAACGACGACGAAGCAACUCUCUCCAUCCUACGCUUCGCCUCCGAAAUAUCCUUUUACGCGCCCGCUCGCGCCUUUGCACAAGGCUGGCCCGGGAAAUUCUUCCUGUACCAUUUUAACGAGGGGAUCCCCUGGGAAGGCCGAUUCCAAGGUGAAGCAGGACAUAUUCUUGACGUGGCGUAUCUGUUCCAGAACUUUAAUGAGUUUUUGGAUGAUAGGCAGAAGGCGGUUGCGACGGCGUAUGCGGAGGAUUUCAUCAAGUUUGUUAAUGGCGAAGAUCCGUGGACACCGGUCAAGGAUGGCAAUAUGGCGGCCAGAGUAUAUGGGCCGAGUAGUGAGGGUAUCACGAUGAAGUUUGUGCCAGAUGGGAAUCCGAAGGAAGUGGGUAGGGAUGAGAGGGUGUUGAAGCUGGGUGAAAUGGCGGGUUUUGAUAAUUUGUCGGCGGCGUUCCAGAACUUCUUUCAAGGGCGGUGA